UCAGAGGGAUAAGGGAAAUGACAGAGACAGUAGCAGAGCAAGAAAGAAAUAAAAGCUAAAGCUUUAGAUAUUUUCCUUGUUUAGGGUUUUUGGGUAUAUUCUCUUUUUCUCUUUCUUUGGUUUAUCUCUAAAACCAUGUCACUUUUGUCUCUCUUCCCAAUAUUCAGUAGUAACCCAACAAUUCUUCACUCCCCACUUCACACUGUUGCUCAGACAAGAACCAAAACUAGCCGUUUUGUGGCCUUAUCCACUCACUCCAACGCUAAGAUUCUUAAGCCUAACAGAAAGUCAAGGUAUGGACAGCAACUGUCUCUGUAUGAUGAUAGCGAAGAAGAAGAAGAAGAAGAGGAAGAAGAAGAUGGGGAUGACGUGGAAAAAGAUGAUUGGUUGGUUGAUGAUGAUGAUGACUUCGCAGAAGUUAAGGAAUAUGAUGUCAAUGGAAAGAGUAAUAGGUCACAGAAGGGGGUGAAUACAAAACAAGGCAGUCAGAGAUCACCAGUUACAGGCAGGAGCAUAGGAUCAUUUAAAUAUGGAGGAAGCCUUCGAACUGCUGAAGAACAAUUAGAUGUCAGAAAUAGAAGAAAUAUUGUAGGGAAGAGUAUUACCAGUAAUCCUUAUCGUAAUUCCUACAAUACUAAGGAAGUUAAUUCAUUUGAUGGCAGAGAAAAGCAUAUGACGAAAAGUUCCAUGGAGAAUAGAUAUCAAUGGCUAUCUGAAGAAAUAGAGUUGGAUGAGAAAUGGCUCCCACUUCUUGAUUAUCUAAGCACAUUUGGGUUUAAGGAAUCUCAUUUUGUCCAAAUGUAUGAGAGGCACAUGCCUUCCCUUCAGAUAAAUGUAUGUUCUGCACAGGAAAGGUUGGAAUACUUGUUGAGUGUUGGUGUCAAACAGAGGGAUGUCAGAAGAAUUAUUUUGAGACAACCACAAAUUUUGGAAUAUACUGUUGAGAACAAUUUGAAGUCCCAUGUCGCUUUCUUGAUGAAUUUGGGUAUCCCAAGUACCAGAAUAGGACAGAUAAUUGUUGUUGCUCCAUCCCUUUUUUCUUAUAGUGUUGAGAAGUCACUAAAACCAACAGUGAGAUACUUGGUUGAGGAGGUUGGCAUUAAUGAAAAGAGUAUAGGUAAAGUUGUGCAACUGAGCCCUCAAAUUCUGGUUCAGAGGAUUGACAUAUCCUGGAACACUCGCUAUCUUUUUCUUUCAAAAGAAUUGGGAGCACCAAGAGACAGUAUAGUCAAGAUGGUAACAAAGCAUCCUCAACUCCUUCAUUACAGCAUUGAUGAUGGAUUACUACCUAGGAUAAAUUUCCUACGGAGUAUUGGAAUGCAUAAUUCUGAAAUCUUGAAAGUCUUGACUAGCCUUACACAGGUAUUGUCCCUCUCACUGGAAGAUAAUCUAAAACCAAAGUACUCAUACCUGGUUAAUGAGCUUCGCAAUGAGGUGAAGUCCUUGACCAAAUAUCCCAUGUACUUAAGCUUGUCCUUGGAUCAGAGAAUUAGACCACGUCAUAGAUUCUUGGUAUCCCUUAAGAAAGCUCCAAAGGGGCCAUUUCCUCUAAGUUCACUGGUUCCAACUGAUGAAAGCUUUUGUCAGCAGUGGGCUGGUACUAGUGUAGAUAAAUAUUUGGCAUUUCGGCAGAGGUUGCUACUCAAGGAUUUUGCUAAUAAAUAUGAAAAAUGAGGAUAAUAUAUUUUCCCAUGUUUGUUCUUUGUUUAUACUAUCACAAGUUUUGUAGUAGCAGAGUGAUCAUUCCCCAAUUUAAGGCACCUAUAAAGCUGGUCUUGUGGAACAGUUCCGGAAGUAACAUUAGCCCUUGAGUUGAUCCAGAUUUUUGUUUAGUUCACUUGGCAUUUAAACUUUCACUUGGAGGCAUUCAGAUGAUAAUAUCUUACUAACUGCUUGGAUCGAAGAGAAAAAUAUUUCAAGUAUAGUAUAUAGCAAUAAGGCUUGUGCAUCCUGAUUGCAUUUCAUCAAAAAUACAAUUGGAAGUAGCAAGUUGUAUAAACUGCAAGUUUUCCUUAACUGAAGGACAUCCCUCCCUUGCAAAAUAUAAUUAUUUUUUGCCCCCUCCAGUACGAGAUAUAAUCAUUUUUGUUUCUCUGUUGAAUGUAAAAUUGGCUGGAUACUUGGAUAAGUGUAAAUAUGCUCUUCCAAGUUGCUCCAUCUCAUGUUUUAUAUGUGUAUCCUUACCUGGCUGCUAAAGCAUACCUUAACCUUUUCUAUGUUAUGCCAAAUCACCGAUUGUUUGUUCAUGGCCAA